UGCAGUCAGUUGCAUGCUCCAUGUGUAACCCUCCCCCACCCCCCUGUGAAUGUAUAGGCUGUCCAACCCUCCUAUAUAGCUAGAUACGUGUACACCGUGUUGUCUUCAACCCUCCAACUGCACUCAGAGCUAACAAAACCACGCACAGCAGGCCCUCCGGUGGUUUGCAGACUGCGCUGAGGUCGGACUUGCCACCGUCGCUCGCUGAACGAAGACGUGCCGCAGACAUGAUCAUCAGACUGGGCAGACUGACCCCUGGGUACUUCAGACUUCUCCAGAGGCAGGUGGCGGGGGAAGUCCAGACCCAGCCCCAGGACCGCAUGGUCAACCAGAUCGCCAUGAUGCUGGCCAUCAUGGGCCUCAGCCUGUCCUAUUACAGCGCCCGACAGAUGACGGACAAGGUGGAGAACACGCCCACCCCCUGAGGAGGCCCCGCCCACCCACAAGCCAGAGGAAAAGGCUGUGUAAUCACGGAGGGAGGGAGAGAGGGAUGGCGACAUCCAGAAUCUUCCACACAUUACCGCUGUAGGCACGAUCACUGGGUUUUUUUUUUUUCUUCCUCCCCUGUUUCGCACAUGAACCAGUUGGGGGAUUGUUAGAUCUUCUCGUUUUUGUCUUAUUUUGUUUGUUUUGUUGUUUUUUUUCCUAAGAUGUCAAAGUCGGUGCAGUCGUUCGGCUUUGGGAAUCAUUGGGACUUCAGGGGUGGGAGGAAGGCUGGGGGGAGGGGUCCUGCUGUGCUGGUUUUUAGAAACUCCAGCACCAUGUUUAGAGUAGGCCCGAGUUUCAGUCACUGAUAUGGUACAUGGGAGUGUGCAGGCUUUUUGCAUUUGCCCGUAGGAAGGAAAGGGGUUAACCCACUUAGAAAGCAAGUCCAUUCCAUUGUCCUCCCUUGCACAGGGCUUGCUUGGACUGUUAACCCUAUCCUUAGUGGAACAGUCUCCUCUGAAAUGUACCCAUCAACCCAUGAAAGCGGGCCUAUGGGAGAGAUAUAGCUCUGCUUUUAAACACCUCUACAGCAGACAUGCAUUUUUAAAAAUCAGUGAGACUAACUGAGCCUCAGAACUUACUGUGAAGGAAUUUUUUUUUUUGUGGGCAAGGGGCUGAAGAACCUAUAAGCAGAUCUGAAAGGGAAUUAAUAUUACUCUAAUUAAUACUACAGUAUUUUUAAUGUUUGAUUCGUUUUCUCCACAAUGUAAGUUAAAGAUUGGUUGCUUAAGUGGUUUAAAAAACCCCUAUAACCUCAAUCUGUAGGUGUAAGCUCAAAUGGUCUAACUCUGUUGAACAAUGCAUGGGUGUGGCACUUAGUUUUUUAAAAUAAUAUUCAAACGUCAUAUUCUGUUGUAUAAGGACUUUUUAAAAAACAAAAACACAGAAUUGCUAUAAUGUCUGUUGCUGUAAUCUAUAUUUUUAGAAUUGAUUAUUGAAUAAAGCUGUGAUGCGUAUGAACGUGAA